AAGGAGGUGAGAAAAAAGAAUCAGCCAUGCUUGAAUGGCGGAGCAGAUUCGAUGGGCUCAAUGGCCUAAUUCUCUCCUGUCUUUUGCUCGGCCAGGCCGAGCCGAGAGACACAGAACGGGUUGAAGACCCGCGAUCAGAAGGCAUUCCUGUAAUUCUUCGGCUUUCAUUUCAGAUUUCAAGCAUUUCCGGUUUGUUUCAGAAAGUGACAGGCGUUCUAGCUCCGCCCCGCUCUUUAAUAAUCAUGAGGCGAACAUCAGCUGACUGUCUGAAAGUUGCAUUCGCCGGUAGAGCGUUCGAUUUAUUGAUACCCAGUGUCCCGACCUUUCCUUUCGUUGACACUGGAUGCCGAUUUCCAGUCGCUGGAUAACGUUGUGUGUUGUUGUUCCACGGCCUGUCCGACGCCCGGAUUUCCGAUCAAAAGGUCUCCGAAUGGAAGAUGAUGCAGAGGCAGCGACUGGGAACUGGUUGACCAGCUGGUUGCCUGCCUGGUGCCCGACAUCCAUGGCUCGCCUACGAGAGGCCGAGGCUCGGAUCCUGCAAGGCCUGAAGAGCCCCCCGGUGUGCCGCUACGUGCAGCUCCCGAGCUCCCAUCGGAUCUGGACGCUGUCACUGGAUCGAGCUGCAGGCGCAGCGGGGGGGCAGACGCCGUUGGUGCUGGUCCACGGCUUUGGGGGUGGCCUCGGCCUCUGGAUCCAGAACCUGGAGCGGCUGAGCUGCCAGCGCCGGCUGUUCGCCUUCGACCUGCUGGGCUUCGGCCGCAGCUCCCGCCCCGGCUUCCCAGCCGAGCCCGAGGCAGUGGAGGCUGAGUUUGUGCGCUCCAUCGAGGAGUGGAGGGAGCAGCUGGGCCUGCCCGCCAUGAUCCUACUCGGGCACAGUCUGGGUGGCUACCUGGCAGCCAACUACUGCAUCCAGCACCCCGACAGAGUGAAGCACCUGAUCCUGGUGGAUCCGUGGGGAUUCCCCGAGCGGCCGACCGACCAGUCGGAGGUUUGGAAGCCACCUGUCUGGGUGAAGGUGCUGGCUGCAGUCCUGGGACGUUUCAACUUCCUGGCCAUCCUGCGGGCUGCAGGACCCUGGGGACCGUCCCUAGUCCAGAGGUUCCGUCCGGAUCUGAAGAGGAAAUAUGCAGACAUGUUCCAGGAUGACUCCAUCCUGGAGUACGUGUAUCACUGCAACGCGCAGACCCCCAGCGGGGAAACAGCCUUCAAGGUUCUUUCAGAAGCGUUUGGCUGGGCCAAGCGACCGAUGAUCGGGAGGAUCCACCUGAUCCCGAAGGACAUUCCCAUCACGAUGAUCUACGGCUCCAAGUCCUGGAUCGAUUCCAGCAGUGGGGAGCAGGUCAAGGCGCUAAGGCCGGACUCCUACGUCAGGACCAUGUCCAUCGAAGGAGCGUCACACCACGUCUAUUCUGAUCAACCACAGGAGUUCAAUGCAGUGGUCGCCGAGAUCUGUGACUCUGUAUCUGAGACACCUUCCACCUCAUCCCAAGCCUCACCUUCCCCUACCUCCUCCCCAUCCCCCCCUCCAUCAGUCACUGUUGAGCUCGUAACAAACUGAGUCCUUGUGUCCCCUCCCUCUUCCACCCCUCCUUCCAUGAGUUACGAUGAACCUUCACCUUGGGGAUAUUGACAGAGCCCUCUGGCCCAGCUGGGCUGUUGCUAGCCCAAUCUGCCCCUCCCAGCCCCUCUGAAUAGAACAGGGUGGGGGGGGGGGGGGUUGGAGCAUCAGAACCUUGCCCUCUCCCAUAUCUCAUUUCCCUGUUCCUCCUGCCUCCUUUCUCUUCUGCACACCUUAGCCCUCUCCCACAUCCUACUCACCUUUCCUUUCUCCCUCUGGUCCCCCAUCCCCUUAACUCUUUCCUGCCUCUCCCUCUCCUCCCCUCUUUCAAGGUGUUGGGGCUUAUUCCAGCCACUUCCCUGCCUCCCCUAUGGUGGAAAUUGGCCCCUCUGGUUGGAAGUUGCCUCCCUAGUAGCACCCAAGUCCUCUCAUGUUUCUCUCACCAGCACUCCGGAGAUGGCCACCCACUGUCCCAGAUGGAUGGUUUGGGUGGCCCGUGGGCUGGAGGUGCACCAAUUCUAUGGCCACAACCAAGGGAUUGCUGUAUGGACUGGGUUGUGGGGGUUGAGACAAAGCUGAGGAUGGUUAAAGGGGGAUGUCUGUCGCUUGACCCCACCCCCACCCCUGUCUGGCCCAAGCCCCUCUAAUGCUCCCCUGAACCCCACUCCCAGCCCUCUGCACCAGAUGUUCCUUCUGGGCAAGUGGUAUUUUGAACGGAGAUAGAAUCUGUCAGUGAAUGGCACGACUCUGAAGCUGACAUUACCGCCCAAUGAGUCUGGGCUGAUAUUUGCACAAAUCUACCCUCCUGGCCAAAUCCAGACUCCCAACCACCCCACCGAUUUGCCUCUGCCCAGAUUCUACCCCCUUCCCAUAGUCUAUAUAGGAUUUACAGCGACAACUCCAACUCCAACUCCCCUCUGCCGCAGCAGACUGGGACGUGAGCCGGGUCCCGUGGAGAGAGCACGCAAACUCCACGCUGUAGUGCCAGAAUUCAAAAUGGAACUGGGAUUCCUCGGCCCUCUUCGUGUGCCCCGCAAGGAAUUGGGGUGAGCUGCAGUGAAAAGCAGCGUUGGAUCUCCCUGGUCAGAUGGUGAUAGGGUCCGUGGCAAUGCCCAGUGUGUAGACUAAAUCUCCCCGGUCUACACACACCGCCCCAUUCCCUGUUGUCCCGGGACAGAUGACAAUCGUGAUGGAAGGGGCACAGCAGAGAUUUUCACCUGUCUCUGUGGGGAAGACGAGCAGUGAUUUAAAUUUGAAAGCUUACGCAAUGAAGCCUGGUGAAGACAACACAGGCCGCCGGAACAAGAUCCCCACGCUGGCUGAGUUCACCAAUGGAUCACUUACCCUCCGCCCGUCCCACUCCUUAUUGGAGACCCCUGUGCCAUGAAUCUCGUGAAAACGGUGUACGUUUUGCCAGGGGCGGUUUCGGGAUGUACGUGGCCUAUCCAUCUCCCCCUCCCCCCAAAGACUAACGGGUUGCUCUCUCGUGCCCGAGUGGGUGUACAGCGUGUCUUCCCCAGACCACAGUAACCUCAACCAGCCUUUCAUUCAUCUAUUUAUAAUAAAGUAGUUGCGUUUUGAGGAGUCGUCUUGUUUUUGUGGUGAAAUCAUCUCCCCCCUUUUACCUUUCUCACACGCAUAAUAAAACUACCGCUUGAUUUCAGUGGCCAGUGCAAAUGGAUGACGCCGAGGGAGGGAGGCACGGGAAGGAGAUGAGCGGAUCAGAAUCAAGUUCAUGAUCACUGAUGCAUGUUCAGUGGCCACUUUAUUAGGCUCAUCUGCUCGUCAAUACAAUUAUCUACUUAGCCAAUCACUGCAACUCAAUGCACAAAAGCACAUCGACAUAGUCAAGAGUUGUUAUUCAGACCAAACAGCAGAAUGGGGAAGAAAUGUGGCCCUGGCAUUAUUGCUGGUGCCAGACAGGGUGAUUAGGUAUCUCAGAAACUACAGAUCGCUUAGGGUUUGCACAUACAAUAGUCUCGAGAGUGGUGAGAAAAGAAAAGAAAAAAACCAUUGAGCAGCAUUUCUGUGGGUGAAAAUGCCUUGUUAAUGAGAGGUCAGAGAAUGACCAGCCUAGUUCAAGCUGACAUGCAGGCAACAGUCAUUCAAGUAACCACACGUUACAUCAGCAGCGUGCAGAAGAGCAUCUCUGAACGCACAACAUGUCAAACAUUCAAAGUAGAUGGACCACAGCCGAAGACCACAAACAUACUUAGCUAACAAGAUGGCCACUGAGUGCAGGUCACGAAAUCUGUGACUUUGUGCUGCAGUGCAAAAUAAAAAGAAUUAGUGAGGUCGCCUUCAAGGACCAAACAGAAACAUGAUGAAGGGGAAGAUAUUGUUCCAAUGCCGAGUGUGGGUCUUCAGGCUCCUAUACCUCCAGAAUACUCCGAAGGUACUACCCAGAAGUAGGCAUGUCCUGGGUGGUGAGGGUGCUUAGUGAUGGAUGCCACCUUCUGGAGACACCAUCCUUGAUGGUGGGAAGCAUUAUCCCUGGCUGAGCUUACAACCCUCUGCAGCCUCUUCUGGUCCUGCACAUUGGAUCCAGGUGGGGGGGGGGGGGGGGGUGAUAGGGAAAUAGAACCAGGCGAGCCUUGAGUGAAAGCUGAAAUGGGAGCCCAGAGGUAAUGGGUGGAACCAGGUAAGGGAUGGAUGAUGAGCUGGUGGAACAUGCAGGGAGAGGGGCAGAGCCUGGCUAGAUGACAAUAAGGUUAGCCCACUAAGGGAGGAAUGAUGAACAGAUGACAGCAGAGAAUGUUGAAGCAGGUGAGUCUUUGUAAUGGUGGGGGGAAGAGAGAAUGUGAGCAAAGGCUAAGGUGGGAGACAUAAAAGGAUUAUGAAGAAAAAUUCAAAAAACAAUUACCUGCUCUGACUUUCCCUUUGUAACAGUGUUCCCUGGACACUCCAACUUCAGAGAACAUAUCCCUCAAACCAUCUUCACUCUCCAUAACUGUCCACACUCCCCAAUCACCAUAACUGAACAUUUUGAGGAACAGGUGUAUAGAGAAAUUACUCAUAAUUGAAAAAUCACUGGGAGAGUUUAAUCAUUAUUGACUGGGCCACCCAGUGCAUUAAAAGCUUGGAAGGGAUGGAAUUUAAAAAAAAUAUGACCAGGAAAGUUUCCUGAGUUAAUAUAUAGAAAGGCAGCUGUGGAGGGUGGAAUACUGGGCCUUCUCUUGGGGUAUAAGGUAGGGCAAGUAGCUGAAGUGGCAUUCAGGAAGAACUUUGGCUCGAGUGACUAUAGUUAUAUUAGUUUUUAAUAUUGUGGGAUAAAGGACAGGCCCAUCGGCUAGGAUCUUAAAACAAGAGCAGGGCGAAUUUUGGGGGAAGUAGUCAGCAAAUAGCAGAGGGCAAUUGGAUAAUCCUACUUGAAGGGUAAGAGACGAUCGGCAACAUUAGAAGGGGUCUAAUGCUGCUCCAUUGUUCAAGAAGGGUAACAAAGCCAAGCCAGAAAAAUACAGGGUAGUCAGCCUGAUAUCAGCAGCGGGAAUUCUAAGGGACAGUAUCAAGCAGCAUUUGGCUAGGACCCUGAUCAGGAGUUGGCUUUGUGUUUGAUGAAUUUUAGGUUCUUUUUAAGAGGCUAAAAAGGAGUCGGGGUAAUAGAUUUGUCUAUUUGGACUUUAACAAAGCCUUUGAUAAGUUUCAGACUUAAAAUAGAAUGGGCCUUUCAGCCCACAAUGCGCCAACCUGUAUAAACCUACUCCGUGAUCAAUGUCACACUUCCCACCUCCACAGCCCAUAAUCCUCCAUUUUUCUUAACAUCUCUAAGUGUCUAUUGCAUCAGCCUCUGCCUCCACACCCAUGUUCCAGGCUCCCACCAUCCUUUGUGUUAAAAAAAAUACCUGACAUGACACCUUAAGCAAAUUUUCCUCCACCCACAGAUGAUGUUAUCUUGCAUUGUUAUCUUGCAUCUCGGAUAAAGCUGUUGGCCGUCUGUUCUGCCUAUGCCUCUCAAUCUUAAAUAUCUCUAUCAAGUCCUCUGGCAUCUUCCUUUGUUCCAAAGAGAAAAAGGCCCAUUUUGCUCAACCUUUCUUCUUGCUCCAGUGUUUCCUUGGCCCUAGGUUACCAAGCUCUCACCCAUCUAGUUCAGGACUUCCCAUCGACAUCAGUGCCAUUCUUCUAAGCUCCAGCAGCUGCCCAAUCUUGCCCAGUAUCUCUGUACUGAACAACUCCAUCUUCUGCAGUGAAUCAUUCAGACACAGAGUCCACAAUAAGUCUUGUACCCAGGGCAUGGGAAACCAAAACAUAGGCACAUAGUGAGAGGAGAAAGGUUUAAAAUGGAUCCUAGGGUGCCUUUUUUUGUUUGGUGAGUAUAUGGAAUGAACUGCCUGAGAACCUUCCUACCCUUUCCACCCGCCCACAGACAGCCCUGCAACUCCAGGGCAGACCAGCUCUGGAGCCUCCAGCAGACUCGCGGAUAGCGGCCUCCAACGUCGCUAAUGGACUUGCAGCCGGACUUGCCAACUUCCGUCUGCAAUUUUCAGUAUCAAUCCCAAAUGCUAAAGCUUGAAUUGGACACGUUGAACAUGAGAACCAAACUCCACACGACGACUCACAGAGCUACGAGGUUACCAGUCCUUGUACCUUAUGCCCGCAUCCCAUUACCAACUGGCUGCGGUUGGGGGUGGGGAAGAGAACAGGCUCCCUGACCUGGAGAGCCAUCAGCCCUUGUCCUCGGUGAUCUUCCUCCACAGUGCUUACAGGCCCCACAUUCAGCCAUGGCAUGUGAAUGUGGACUGGAUCACUGCCCCGACCCGUCUUAGAAGGACAUGGGCCGAAUACAGUACAUUGGGACACGAUGGAUAGGCACUGUGGUCAGCACAGGCUGAUCGAGCCAGAGGGCAUGUGUUGCUCUCGAACUCUGAGACAUCCUACAUUCUGUAACAGUCUGCACCUGAGACACACCCCAUCUCCAUCGCUGAAACACAGGUCCCAGACUCUGUAAAUAAACCCACAUGGACUGCAAUUUCUUUCCUCAAGAUCCUGUACAAAAGCACAGCACUAUAAGGAAUAUGAGCCUGCCCUGAAAAUGGUCUCACAAGUUGACAAAGCAAUGAAACAGCUGGGAGAACAUGCUGCUGACAUGUCCUCACACUGCACUCAUCGUAGAGGAAGAUACACUGUUAAUUGAAGACACCCACCCCCCC